CCCAACCCAGCCGCACAGUAACGCAAGAUAAACACGAGGCUGCCUCAUUGUAUCCCCUUCUCAACCAGUCGACUCUUCCUCCUCUCUCUCCCCUCCGCUCAACUGAAACCCCCCAAAUCCGCAACCCUUUCCCUAUCUAUCUCUACCUGGAUUCCCUUCCUCCCAUAGAGGAGGAGAAGGCGGCGGCGGCGUCGAAGGCGGAGGCGGCGGAGCCAUGGGCGGGGCUGGAGACGGCGACGCGUGGGCGGAUCAGGAGCAGGGCAACGGCGGAGGCAGCCGCGGCGGCGGGGAGGCGAAGCGGUCGGAGAUCUACACGUACGAGGCCGCAUGGCGCAUCUACGGCAUGAACUGGAGCGUGCGCCGCGACAAGAAGUACCGCCUCGCCAUCGCCAGCCUCCUCGAGCAGCUCGCCAACCGCGUCGAGGUCGUCCAGCUCGACGAGGCCUCCGGCGACAUCGCGCCCGUCCUCGCCUUCGACCACCAGUACCCGCCCACCAAAACCAUGUUCAUCCCGGACCCGCACGCGCUCCGCCCCGACCUGCUCGCCACCUCCGCCGACCACCUUCGCAUCUGGCGCAUCACAUCCCCCGACGACGUCGAAGACGCUGCCCCCUCCGGCAACAACUCCGUCCGCUGCAACGGCGCCGGCGGGGCAGGGCAGCAGCCUGGCGUCGAGCUGCGCUGCGAGCUCAACGGCAACCGCAACAGCGACUACUGCGGCCCGCUCACGUCGUUCGACUGGAACGACGCCGACCCGCGCCGCAUCGGCACCUCCUCCAUCGACACCACCUGCACCAUAUGGGAUGUCGAGCGCGAGGCUGUCGACACACAGCUUAUCGCCCACGACAAGGAGGUCUACGACAUCGCCUGGGGCGGCGCGGGGGUCUUUGCGUCUGUCUCCGCCGAUGGCUCUGUCCGCGUCUUUGACCUCCGGGACAAGGAGCAUUCCACAAUUAUCUAUGAAUCUGGUUCAGGUGGUGGUGGUGGCUCGAAUUCAGGUUCUGGGGAUGGUGGGGCUGUGUCGCCGAUGCCGCUCGUUAGGCUGGGGUGGAACAAGCAGGACCCAAGGUACAUGGCCACCAUCAUCAUGGAUAGCCCCAAGGUGGUCGUGCUUGACAUCCGCUACCCGACUUUACCGGUGGUAGAGCUGCAUCGUCACCAUUCGCCUGUCAAUGCUAUCGCGUGGGCACCUCACUCUUCUUGCCACAUUUGUACAGCUGGGGAUGACUCGCAGGCACUGAUAUGGGACCUGUCAUCAAUGGGAACUGGGAGCAAUGGUGGUGGCAAUGGAAAUGGCAACGCUGCAGCUGCUGCUGCAGCAGAGGGCGGUCUUGAUCCCAUUUUGGCAUACACGGCAGGGGCAGAGAUUGAGCAGCUGCAGUGGUCGGCGACCCAGCCUGACUGGGUUGCAAUUGCAUUUGCCAAUAAGCUUCAGAUCUUGAGGGUCUGAUUUCUUAAUUCCACCUGCCUCGCUGAAAGUUGUCAAGAAGCCAAACCUGGAUGAUGAGAUUUUGCAAUGAGAGGGCCGAAGGAGGAUAAUCUUGCAAUUGCUUUAGUGUUGCUUAUUUAUGUGCUGUGCACAACCGAUAUUCAUGGUGGGUUGUUUCUGGUGAUAGAACAGAUUAUUCUCUAGUUAGAAGCUGGAAUUGGCAAUUAACUGGUUUGUUUAGAGUAAGUAGCAGCUGCAGUGUUAGUGUUGGUGAUAAUGGGAAUGGUAGUUAAGUUGUUCUUUGUGCUAGGUUGUUCUGCUCAGUAGCAUGUAGAUUCACUUCUUAACUUGCUUAUUGGAACAUGCAGUCAUCAUAUAUGCUCUGUAACCGAUAAGCUUGCUUAAGAGUGUUGAUGUUAUUUCAGUUUUAUGGAUUUCGUGUGUGUUUUUCGUGUGA